CAAACGUCACUUGUCGCUUGUCUAAAAUUUCACAUUUAAAUAUACCUACAUUUAGAUUAUGGUACAGGCGAUCAUAGUAAAUAAACAUCACUUGCGUGCCUAAUGAGUAAAAACCCAAAAAAAUGUAAUCUCUCAUGCGUCUUGUGUUCUUGUUUUACCGGCAAUAACGAAACAAGUGAAGAAGAUUUUGAGCACAUCUCCGAAAACGAGCCGUUUGAUUAUGUUGUUGAAAAGCUGUGCAUUAAGAAGUUACCCUUACGAACAUUUGCUACGGCCGAAGAUGUUGAAAAUUACAAUAAGAAAUUAACGCUACUUAACGAAGUUGCAUCGCCAAUGACAAGGCAAGACCUAAUAGCGGCACCGAGUAAUAUAACAUUUCGCAAAAAUUUAGGUGGUUCUUCAAAAGCGUUUCGCUAUCAGCCAUCACCAAAACCAGUAUCCAUAAACGAUAAAGAAGGUCAGAUAGUUGCGAAAAUACUAAACAAACAUGCGUCUCUUUACACGCUUGAUGAUAAAAAUCCAAUUCCGAAAGAUCCUUUUAAUCCACCAAGAGAUAGAGUAUUAGUCCCAGAAUCAGUUUCCACAGUUUUGCGCCGAAACGCAACCCUUCCUCCAUUGCAAGUUCCGGUCGAAGUUCUCCAUAGACCUACAAGUUCGUUUAAAUAUCCUACCAAUAAGAAACGUAUGACCAGAGACAUUGAAAAAACCAUUAACGCACUUAGAGUAGCUCCAAGAUCUCCUACUGCAGUGCAACCUCGAAACCAAAUUAGCGCAAUCUCGGUAACGCCAGUAGAUGUUAAUGAAAGCACUGAAAGCGAGAGUUCUUUGUAUACUUCGAGUCAAGCAUCACUACUACUGGACACCAACACAGUUUUUAAUUAUAUAAAAAGUAAUGAUCCUGAGUCGAUAAUGGCGACCGUUGAUCUUGAAACUAGAAGUUCAAUAGACAAUAAGCAAUCCGUCGACUCCUUAGAAGUUAAUCACGAUGAAGACGAACAAGGCUCGCAAUACGAUUCGAAGUCACAGCAACAACUACCAUUUCAAAAUUUUAAAUGGAAAAUUAUAAUCAAACGUCAUUCAGACAAAACUCAAGGCGCCUCCAAAGUGGAGAAUUUCCAUCAGUAAGUAGAUACUAUAGCCCAAAUUAUAAAUUAAGAUAGAACUUGGACGGAUGGUAGAUGCAACUGCUAGCAGCAUUGGUGUAGGCAAGAG